AUGGCAGAAAAAUCGACCUCUGUUGAAAAAGUUGUCGAUCCUAUUAUUGAUUUGGGUAAUCUUCUCUUCAUUGACAGAGAACCGAUUCAGGGUGAUUCCACAGAAAAUCUUGAAACACGAGCCAGGAAUAAUACGCAAAUUCUUUUCAAUAAUAUUUGGCAACUUGAGCAGAAAAGAGUUGAAGAUGCGAUAGUUGUAGAGCUUCCGCAGCCAGUUUAUAGACUUCCAAGAGAGAAAAAGCUUCCUGAAAAGAAAGAACCUACUAAAUGGGAAAAAUACGCAGCUGAAAAAGGAAUUGCUAAGAGAAAGAAGGACAAGAAAGUUUUCGACGAAGCCACCAAAGAAUGGAAGCCUACAUUUGGAUAUCGUAGGGCGAACGAUGAUACUAAGGACAUUCUUAUCGAAAUUCCUGAUAAUGCUGAAGAUCCAUACAAGGAUUACUUUGCCGAGAGAAAAGAGAAGAAAAAAGAACGUGUGGCCAAAAAUGAAGUACAAAGAAUGAAGAAUUUGGCUCGUCAAAUGAAAACUACGGUAAAAUCUGGGCCUUCUACUGACAAGCUUAUCGGAGCGGGACUUGAUGCGACGGAAAAGACGAAGCAGCAAGUCCGAUUUGCAGUUGAUCGCGCUAAGGUAGCGACGGCUUCCGUUGGUAAGUUUCAAGAUGGAUUGAAAGGAGAAAAAGUCAACAUCAAAACUGGAAAGAAAAGAAAGUUUGAUGCAAAUGAGGCUCCUGUUGCGAACGAAAAGGAACGUGCUCUUCAAAUUCUUCAAAAAAUGAAGGCUAAAAAGGCAAAGAUUAUUGAAGAGAAAGUUGCAGCGGUUGCUGGUCCUAUUACAGACAAAAAAGAAAAGAAGGAAAAAAAGAAAAACGGCCAACCGACAAGACAGAAAAGUCAGAUCCACCGACAGCAAUGGUUUAAGAACAAAGUCGACAAUAAGAAAAAAGGACGAACUGGUGGAAAAGGCAAAGGCAAAGGGAAAAAAUAA